ACCUAAGGUUUCAGAGGAGAAAAGAGGAGAGACAUUGUAGAUCGGAGAUGCACUGGUUGCUCCUCCCUCUUUGCGCCGUCGCCGCCCAAGUGGUGCUCGUAUGAGGAUCAACCGGUGUUCCAUUAGAUUCUGCAAUUCGCAAUCAAGCGGCUCCCGCAGUUCGAAAUCAAAUCGGCUCGUUUUGGAGGGGCUGCAGUCCGACUUCGACUCUCUUUCGGCUUAGAUUUUGAAAGGACUUCAAAUCCUUGUCGAUUUCUCUCUCUGACUUGUCGCGAUCCAAGCCGCUAUAAAUCUCCGAGUUUGCGCCAACCCAGGACCAGACCAGGGAUUCCUAGGAUAUACUAUAUCAAUUUUCAGACGAGACCAGCAACUCACGAGUCAUCAAGUGCCAGAUUUCAGCCUCGGAAAAUCAACGCCGGAGCCAUGGGGGAAGACAGCGGAGAUGAUAGAAUCAGCACAUUGCCCAACGACAUUCUGCUCAACAUUCUUGACCGACUCCAUGUCUCGAAUGCAGCAAAAACCAGCAUCCUCUCCAGGCGCUGGAGUCAGCUUUCCGCUAAGCUCCCCCGACUUAUAAUAAAUCCUCUGCCUGAGGGUUUGUUAAGCCUAUUUGGAAGAGAUCUGUCACGCGCCAACAUCUCUGAUGGUGAUUUGGCUCGGCUCAAUGCAGCUACUUUCAAAGCGACAAAGAGUGUACUAGCACGCAGAGAACCAGGCUCAGACACCAUCCGCCUCCUGUCUACGACGUUCUACUUGAUAGGUGAUGUCCCCAUAUCCAUUGGACAUGCUGUUGGCCAGGCCAUGGCAGUACACCAGAUUGAGAAAGCUGAAUUCACAGUUUUGACAGUUAAGGACCGCGAACAGUGCAGACUUGUUGAUCUGGCGAACUAUGGGACACAAUUUGUGUCCUUAUUUAAUGAGUGUCGGAAUACAUUUGCUCGUUUGACACGACUCUACUUGGAGAAUUUGAGAUUUGAAUCUGAUUUCCUCUCCAACAUCUUCGUCACUUGCAAGCUAUUAAAAUAUAUAGGCUUUUUCAAUUGCGACACAUACAAGUGGAUAACACUCCAAAUUGAGCAUGCACAGCUCAAUGAACUCAGUCUUGUCAAUUGCCGUUUUGACAAAGUUGAACUCAAGUGGCUACCAAAACUCACCCGGACAACCUACAAGUUUUGGAUAUCUUUCAAAGAACUACCGCUGUCAUUUGGUCAUGUCCCGUUGCUUGAGUUUUUGGAACUUACAAAUGUUACUUUUACCUCUCACAAAGUGGUCAGUCUAAGUAUGUUACUUUCAGAGAUGUGUGUACAAGAUCUGCGGUUGGGGUUUAAAUGCGAAAAGAUUUGGGUUCAACCGGAGCCUCCGACCGAAAGGCUGGCAGCUGCAUUCCGUGGACUAAGGAUUGUCAAUCUAGAGAGCAUUCCUGAAGGGCAUGAUCUCACGUGGACAAUGUUCAUUCUAGAAGCCGCGCCAUGUCUAGAAGAGUUCUACAUGUCGGUAAUGGAUCAUCCAUGCGAAAUGGAGAUGCAUCCGGAAAGGAGGAAGCAACUCUUGUAUAGCGAUAAUAAGGGCGUAGAGUGGGAAUCACCUAGAUCAGAUUUCGAGCACCGCCGCCUUACCAAGCUCAUCAUCUUCUGCUUUGGGAAUUACAUUGUGAGUCAUCUUAGGCGUGUCAUGAAAGUAGCGGUGAAUCUGAUGGAUGUGUACCUGUACGACAGAGUGGCAUGUCGCUACUGCGAACACAUAAACCCUCUGAACCCUGGUAGGCUUCCACGGAACAAGAAGAAGUUGAAUGCACUGAGGAAUCUAUUGACGCAGGGUAUGGAGUCACCUUCCAGAAUUCACUUCCUGACCCCUUCUCCUGAAAUGGAUGCUGAUCAUGCUGAAAGGUCACCGGAGAGUUUUCGUUAA